AUGCGAAAAAAGCAGUCAACGACAACAGGAGGGGGCCCACCACCCGAGGUCUAUUUUAAGCCAUGGGAACUUGAUGUUUUAGCAAUGAUUCCCGAAGAACUUAUUCAUGGAAUAGAGGGAGGGGUUGACACAGGAAGGGCUCACGAAACAGCAUCUCUCUCAGCCAAGAGUUUGGAUCCACAGUUGUCAUUUGUUGUCACUGAAGUUGAACUUCCUGAUGAGAACGCCAACGCUGGUGUACCAGAAAAUGUUCAUGAAGAGAAAAAGAAUACUGAGGCAACGAUGAAAAGGGGAAGAACUGGAAAGAAAGAUAGAGAGGAUUUAUACCAACAAGGCUCAGAGAUGGAUGAACUGAUUCAAAUAAAAAGAUUCAGAGCAAGCAUUGAAGAGAGAAGACUCGAGAUCGAAGAGAGGAAAGCUGGUGCUCUUGAGCGCAUAGCGUCUGCGUUGGAAAAAAAGAAUAGAUAG